CUUCAACUGCAUCACUAGGCGCACACGACACUCUCACCUUGGAUAGUUAACAGCGAAUGAUAACGCGACUGGAAAUUUAGUAGGAACAGAAGAUGCAUCGGUAGCGGCGCAGGGAAAAGGAGACUGGGAAUAUCACUUUCUGGUGCUGGAUUGGAUCCAGGGGUCAAGAUGUUGGACGGACUGUUCUUGUUGCUCGCGCUUAGCGUGGUGAUGGCUUUGGCGUCUUUCCUGGCCGGUGCAUUGCCAUUGUCCAUGACUUUGUCCUCGUCGCAGCUACGGCUCAUCUCGACGAUUGGAAUGGGAGUUCUUGUAGGGACAUCCUUGGUGGUUAUUAUACCAGAAGGCAUUGAAGCACUGUAUUCGUCGGGGACGGAAGCGCACAUGCAUACGAGGAGAAGUUUGCAAGCCAGGCAUCUGGAUGUGCGAUGGCCGAGUACAGGAAUCCACACAUUUCUGCAAAAAGAUGCUCCACUACCAAGAGGAGCAGCAGAUGUCGACGACUUCACAGUCCCAAACCUAGGUUUACCAGGAGAAGACGGCAAAGACUCUUCUUCAACAACAACCACCGAGGCGUACGAUCCACCCCAAGCCACCAAGGCACCUCCCAAAGACGAGAAAUCAGGCCCUGAAGCUGGGCCUGAAGAACACCAUGACCCCCCAACAUUCUACAUUGGCUUCUCUCUCAUCACCGGCUUCAUCCUCAUGUUCCUAAUUGACAAGCUUCCCCGCCACGCCUCAGAGAAUCUACAACCACCACCUCCCACUCGACACAUCUCCCUCGACAACCUCUCUCAAGGUCUCCACUCAACCACAAUCUCCUCGGGAGAUGAAGAGUCCGACUCCUUCCUGCAGUCUCUGACCCCAACACCAAAACAAAGCCGUUCCCUCGCCACCACAACCGGACUCGUCAUCCACGCCGCAGCAGACGGCAUAGCAAUGGGCGCCUCGGCUUCCUCUUCCAACACCAAACUCGGCUUCAUAAUCUUCAUCGCCAUCAUGAUCCACAAAGCACCCGCGGCUUUCGGAUUGACGUCCGUGUUGCUAAAGCAAGGGCUAAGUAAGAGAGCUGCGAGGGGACAUCUUAUUAUUUUUAGCUUGGCGGCCCCGUUUGGAGCGCUGAUGACUUGGUUGUUGGUUCAUAUUCUGGGCGGUGCGGGGCACAUGGAGGGGGAGAGAGGGCAGUGGUGGACAGGGAUGUUGUUGUUGUUUUCGGCGGGGACGUUCCUAUAUGUAGCCAUGCACGCCAUGCAAGAAGACUCGCAUUACGAGCACUCGCACUCCUCCUCAAAUGGGUAUGCAGAGGGCCCCAGUUUGCAAAGAAAGAAAGAGAAGCCGCAGAUGAGAGACACGUUGGCUGCUGUUGGCGGGAUGCUGAUUCCUUUGCUCACCCAAGUUGGGCAUCAUCACUGAAGAGUGCUGUACUUUGACCGGAUUGUAUUGCUAGAAGUGUGUACUAUCAGGAGCUUGAAUUGAAUUGGAGUCACCGGGGUUGUCCUUGUGCUCGAUGCCGCGAUAUACGGGUGACCCGGGAAGGGGGGACAACGGAAUAGCGUUUCGAGAGAAUUCAGAGUUGGAUCACAACCUACUCACUCUCCUUUGUCGUUCUUGAAACCAAAUCCGGCAAGAAUGACCCCUCACAAGCCCCAUUUACAAAGCCCUCACCCUGCGUCUCUGCAG